CAACCCGCCCCUGCUUUACACCGCCACACUCCCCACCUCUCUCCUGACCCUCUCGCCACCUUCUUCUAUCCCAGCCACCACCUCUCUCUCCGGAUUUACCCCACCCCAACCCUUAUCUCUCUCUCUCUCUCUCUCUCUCCUCUCACUUUUGAUUGUAGCUGGUGUGUGUUGUGGCUACUCGAAUGCUGGGUCAAUAUUUGCUCAAAGAACCAAUUUUGGUUGAGCUCGUGGCUAUGGUAGCUGGCUUGCGGCUAGAAUUUGUGUCUCUGGUUCAUUGAAUUUGUGUGGUCUGUAAAGAAUUUGGGAAUGUUCAGCCAUAGAAUCUAUCAAACUCUCUUGAAGAUUAGCCUAAUUUAAGCAAUGCGGUAGCUUCAAGGGCAUUUCAAUGGCGGACUCGAUUUCAUCAGUGUGCAAUUUAGCGAUUCUCGACAAACUCAGCGAUGGCUCCAUCGAAGAAAUCCUCGAAAGCUACAAUGGCUUCUGUGCUGCUACGGACACCCUUCUAAACGGCGCCGGCGACCUCUCCGUCGGUCCGCAGUUCGUAUCUCACGUUCACGGCCUCUGCAAGCACGGGCUCGAGUCUCUGCUCCGAGACCACUUCCUUGGUGCGCUGGAGCGAACCUUCGAGAAAAAUGGUGCCUUGAAAUUUUGGCGGCAUUUCGAGGCUUACGACGACGUUUCGGUUGAAGAGGAAGUGUUCUAUAACGCUUUGGAAGAAAUAUCUUUGGAAAAGCAGUACCAGGAGAAGUGUCUGUUGAUUCUGGUUCAUGCUUUGCAGUCUUACAACCAUGGAAGCCAUGAUUCUAAUGAUUACAGAGUUGAGCUGUUUGCUAAGUACCAAAUGUCAGUGUCUUCAGUUCUUAUGGCCACUCUUCCCCGGCAUUUUCCUGAGAUACUCCACUGGUAUUUUAAGGGAAGGUUGGAGGAACUGAGUACUAUAAUGGGUGGAGACUUCCCGCAUGAUGAUGAUGAUGAUGAUGAUGAUAAAGAUGAUAUGGAUUUAGAUGACAAAUGCAAAGCCUCAUACAGGAGUGGACAAAUGGAGAUUGAUGAAUGCUAUCCCCAAGGGAGGUUCUUGGACAACAAUAAAUUGGUGAACAACAUAGGGAAGGUUGUUCGCGAUCUUAGAAGUCUCGGGUUUACAUCUAUGACUGAAGAUGCCUAUGCUUCUGCUAUUUUUUUGUUUCUAAAGGCCAAAGUUCAUGAUCUUGCUGGUGAUGAUUACCGGAUUUCUGUUUUGGAGUCCAUCAAGGGGUGGAUUCAGGCUGUGCCUCUUCAGUUCUUGCAUGCCCUUCUUGCUUAUCUUGGUGACUCUGUUAGUUAUGACAGUGUUUCAUCUGGUCUCAAGUCACCUUUGGCUUCAUGUCCUUCUACAUUUUAUCCUGGAAUUGACACCCCAUCUGAAGGACUUGUUAGAUGGCAGUUGCGACUAGAGUAUUUUGCAUACGAAACAUUGCAAGAUUUAAGAAUAACUAAAUUAUUUGAGAUUAUUGUGGAUUACCCUGACAGCUACCAUGUUAUGCUUUGA